AUGAUCAGCGGAGUAAAACUAGAAACUAAUGAGGAAUGGAUGGCGUAUUAUCAGGACGAGGUGUACCCUGGGACCAACAACCUUCCUAGCAGCCUGAGUGGGUACCUUCCCUCAGGUGCGCCUUACCUGAACGGUGGCCACACAGGAGCUGGGGUGCCCACAGGGACCUCAGGAGGCCUCAGUAGCCCAGUGAACCACUUCGGGGCCCUGCCCCCCCAGCUAGGGUACAGUGGGGACGGCAGCGGAGCGCCAUAUGGCUUUGAGGUGCCGGGCGGGGAGCCCAAAACGGGGUACCGGCGGAACUUCAGCCACGCCAAGCCCCCGUACUCCUACAUCUCCCUCAUCAGCAUGGCCAUCCAGCAGGCCCCAGCUAAGAGGCUGACACUGAACGAGAUCUACCAGUGGAUCCGCCAGCUCUUCCCCUACUACCGGCAGAACCAGCAGCGCUGGCAGAACUCCAUCCGCCACUCGCUGUCCUUCAACGACUGCUUCGUGCGGGUGCCGCGCUCCCCGGACUCCCCGGGGAAGGGCUCGUACUGGGCCCUGCACCCCGACUCGGGCGACAUGUUCGAGAACGGCUGCUACAUGCGGCGGCAGAAGCGCUUCCGCUGCUCCAGGACGGGCGAGCCGAAGGGGCAGAAGGAGGGAAAGGGCAGAGACGCCGGCGAAACGGCCUCCGUCCCGUCCAGCCCCCCCCACCACUCCCCCCGGCCCCAGCCGCCCCUGCGCCCCCCCGCCGCCCUCCAGCACCAACCUCUGGCGCUGGACCCCUGCCUGCGCACUGAGCCCCUCAGCCACCACCCCUUCUCCAUCUCCCAGCUCAUGGGCAUGGAGCGGGGCGACCUGCUGCAGUACGACUCCUCCAUGGGAUUUUCCAACUACUAUGGCCCCGCCUCGUCCCACCCCUACAGCCACCACCCCGCCCCGAGAGAAGGGCCCGCUUUCGGGGGGGAGGCCAUGUACCCCGGCAUGUGCUCCGUGCCCAUACUCAGUUCAUCGUGA